AAUCAUCGUGAUGGACGCCACAUAAUGUCAAUCCGAAUUGCGCAGCUGAGCAGCAGCAGCAGCAUGUCGGUGUGUUGUUCGCUGUAGUUACGUGUUGUGGAAUUGAUUUCGCAAUUAGAAGAAGUGCUAAAUUUGGAGUUCAUUGAGGUAAACGAACGGCCGUCUUUGGUGAUCCUUACAAUGUUUGGCAGUACAGACAUGUGUACACGACGGUGUAUGUAAAUCGUACUCCCACCGCGUUUGCCUGUGACGCGUUUCAUUGAUGCCGGUAAAAUUCGUGUAAAUCCUGACCUAUCUGGAAUGGAAUGUGGAGUGUCUAUUGCCGCAAAUCGAAAUGAUCUUGUGUAUUUAAUACAGUGCAAUGGUGGAGUAAACAUUAUGAUCACUCGAUCGAUAUGGUGGUAAACAUUCCGAUCAGUACAUUUUAUUCGGCGUGAGAUAUGAACAUUAUAACCAACUCUUCCUCCGAUGUGGUCAUAACGGAUUGGAGAGAUCCACUUACCUUUUUGGGAUGGUACACGUGCGCGAUUGUACAUGUAAGAACGCAAAUUUCACACAGGAAGACGCGCAUAAUAGCCGUGGACGGAUUUCGUGACUGCGCGGGCAAACUAUGAUGCACUACAAGAAGGGCAAGAACGUGGAGGAGGAACUGUCGCAGGAGCAGAUUCCGAUCGAGGUGCUGCCGGCGAACUUUCUCUGGAUGCACGUGAAGGGCGGCUCGGAUGUGAAGAAUCUGGUCGACUAUGCGAAGAAAGCGCUGGAGGAGGGAACACACCGGUCGGUCGUGUGGAGCGGCUCCGAUGGUGGUGUCGGCAAGACGAUAAGCUGUGCGGAAAUCAUGAAGCGACACUUUGAGCUGCACCAGGUGACCCGCAUCUGCUACAGGAAAGUGGAAGAGUUUUGGGACCCACAGCAGGAAGGGCUGGAGCAAAUCGUAGCCAAGCGCAACAUACCCUGCGUGCACAUUCUAAUGUCGCUGGAUGAGAUUGACCCGUCAGUGGCGGGCUAUCAGCACAGCAAGACACAGGGCGGUUUCUGGACCGGGGCGGGUCUAAGCUCGUCCGACGGUCCGCGCAAGCGGACCAAAGAGGGAGGCGAUAGGAAGGGCAACUACUUCACGGGACCUCAGCUGAAGAAAAAACCCAACCGACACUAUGAGGAAGGAAAUGGCACGCCCAGCAAUGGAGCGAAAAAGCAACAGAACAAUCAAGGCAAAGGGAAACCGCGCGGUGGUGGUGGAGGAGAUGGUGCUGCUGCUGCUGCUGCUGCGGGAAAUUCGAAGUACAAGGGUAAGCAGAACAAGGAUGGCGGCAAUCGCCGAAAGCCAAACGAUUCCGAGGUGGGUGAAAAUGGUGGUGGUGGAGGGGAAGGAUCGUCCCGGCAGGAGGGUGCUGGUGGACGAAGGGAUAAAAAGCGACCAGGGCAAGGGCGCAAGGAUAAGCAAGGCGGUGUCGAGCGAAUGGAAACGAGCGAUGAUACACCGCCGGCGAGCAAACCAAGCGGGAAGGAUGAUAACGCCGGUGGAGAUGCUCAGUAAGGAUGUUGCGCAUGUAUAAAAAUGGUUAAAAAGUA